AUGUCCAAGAAGAUGCUUACUUUCAUGUCAAAGGAUAAACAGCAAUUCACCAUUGAAGAAGAAUUUGCAGUCCAAUCGGUCACCAUUAGAAACAUGGUGGAGGAAGAUUGUGCAUCGUCUGUUAUCCCUCUCCCUAACGUUCAUUCCGAAACCUUAACCCUAGUGAUUGAAUACCUCAAUAAACAGGCAUCGGUUGCAGAGAAUGAUCUGAAAAAGUUUGUUGAUGAAAAACAGAUUUCGACGUUGUUGGAUCUGGCUAAGGCCGCUUCUUAUCUUGACAUCAAAGGAUUGAUGGAUUUGGCUUGUGAGAAACUGGCGGAUCUGAUCAAGGACAUGACGGUGGAAGAGCUUCGAGAGAUUUUUCAAAUCGAGAAUGAUUUUACACCUGAAGAAGAACAAGCUCUUCGUGCUGAAUUCCCUUGGGCUUUCGAAGUAUAG